AUGGCCUCCGAACCGACUGGACGCCCCGCGAGCGUUCUCUUUGUCUGCCUCGGCAAUAUCUGCCGCUCCCCCAUGGCUGAAGGCGUCUUCCGCAACCUCGCCGCCUCGCACCCCUCACUAGUGAGCGAGAUCGACUCCGCCGGCACAGGCGCCUACCACACAAUGGAACCCCCCGACUCACGCACGAUGUCCACGCUCCGCCGGCACGGAAUCACAAACUACAACCACGCAGCGCGCAAAGUCACCAAGGAAGACUUCCUGAACUUCGACUACCUCCUCGCCAUGGACGAGUAUAACCUGCGGGAUCUGCUGGAUACGCGGGAGUCGGUCAUUAGGUCGGUGAAGAGAAAGUCUGGUAUGCUUGCUGCCCCCUUGUCACACUCUCGAGUUACCCGGGCAGGCGCUGAGGCGGCGAUUGCAGAGCGGGCCGCGGGUGCGAAGGUUGCGGAUGUGCGGCUGUUUGGAGAUUUUGGGGCUGGAGGGAAGCUGCACGCUCGUGUUGGCGGUGGGGAGGUCGUGCAGGAUCCGUAUUAUGGUGGUGCGAAUGGGUUUGAGGAGGUUUAUCGGCAGGUUGAGCGCUUCUCGCAGGGUUUCCUGGAUUAUCUGGAGAAGAACGCUGCAGAGUAA